UCUCCUGUGUACUCAACUUACACAACACACAUCCUAGCUCCUUCGAUAUUCUUGAAAAUUUCAAAACAAGUUCCUCUUUUCUUCUUCUUCAUCUUCUUCAGAAGAUCCCCUGUAGACAAAAGAAAAGAAUCUGAUCAGACUCCGUGAUGGCCAAUCAAGUUGAGUUUUCCGCCCUCGAACGCAUAAAAUUACAUCUUCUAGGUGAACUGUCUCCGGUGGUAACCCCGGCUACCGAUGCUCCUCAAGCCCCUUGGUUUGAGGAAGCGAACGCAACUUCAAGUUCUCAAUCUCUCUGUUCCCAGUCUUCCAUUUCUGACGCUAAUUCCAUCAUGUCCGAUUGCUUUCCUGAUAUCUUCGACUGCCCGACGCGUCCCGUACCUUCAUCACAAAAUCAAACGAAUCCAUUUGAAUUCGACUGCAAACCCCAGAUAAUUGACCUCUCAACACCAAAAUCCCAAGUACAAGCUUCGCAGUUCGAAACAAAGUUUCCCAAACUCGAACCCAGUUCCCCAGAAAGCUCUCCGUCAAACAGUUGCGUGCUGGACUUCGACCCUAGAACUCAUGAAUCGCAGCAGAAACUUCUUUCGAGUAGGAAACCGUCGUUGCAAAUCUCGCUUCCGAAGAAAACCGAGUGGAUCCAGUUUGGGAAUCCGGAGCCCGCAGAGAUGUUGGAGCAGAAAAAGUCAAAGGUGGAUGAGAAAAAGCACUACAGAGGAGUCCGGCAGAGGCCGUGGGGCAAGUAUGCGGCGGAGAUCCGAGACCCGAACAAGCGGGGAUCCAGGGUGUGGUUGGGAACAUUCGACACAGCGAUCGAAGCCGCUAAAGCCUACGAUCGAGCUGCCUUCAAGCUUCGCGGCUCCAAAGCCAUCCUAAACUUCCCUUUGGAAAUAGAAACAUCGAGCUCGGUAGUUAGCUCCGGCGAGGGAAAACGACUCCGUCAGGACGGAGAGGAGAUGGCGGAAGUGGAAGUAAAGGCGUUGGGGAAGAAGGCCAAAACGACGACGGAAUCGGAGUCCCAGGAGAAUUAUACAAAGGACACUCCGUUAACGCCGUCUAAUUGGAAGGGUUUCUGGGACAGCGACUUGAACGGGAUUUUCAGCGUCCCGCCAUUAUCUCCUCUGCCUCCCUUGGGUUGUACCCAGCUCAUGGUUGUAUGAUGUGGAUAUCAUCCGCCGUGGUAACCUUUUCCCUGUUUGCAUCCCGUUUUGGAGAUGAACCCGGUUCAUACGUCUUUGUAAAAUUUUCUUGAAAAUGGAUGUGAUUCAAUUCAA